UUGCGUAGUAUCGGUUUCGCCGGAGCGGGGUUCGCAUGCGCCGUGCUGGCCCGGCAGUUGGUGACGCGCGGCGCGUAUCGCGCCACCGUCUUCGAGAGCCGCGAUCAUAUCGCCGGCAACUGUCAUACCAGCCGCGACAACGGCAUCAUGGUGCAUCGCUACGGUCCGCAUAUCUUCAACACCAGCCGCGAGGAAGUCUGGGACUACGUCCGCGAUCUGUCGCCGAUGAUGCCGUUUACCAACCGCGUGAAAGCGGUCACCGCCCGCGGGGUGUUCUCCCUGCCGAUCAAUCUGCUCACUAUCAACCAGUUCUUCGGCAAACGAUUCUCCCCGGAGGACGCGCGUGCGUUCGUCGCCACGCUCGGCGAUACCAGCAUCGGCGAGCCGCAAAACUUCGAAGAGCAGGCGCUGAAAUUCCUUGGACGUGACCUCUAUCGGAACUUUUUCUAUGGAUAUACGCGCAAGCAGUGGGGGGUCGAGCCCACCGAGCUGCCCGCGUCGAUCCUGCGCAGGCUGCCGGUCCGAUUCAACUACGACGACAACUACUACAACCAUACCUUCCAGGGCAUCCCCCGCGAUGGAUAUACCAGCAUCGUGGAGAAGCUGCUCGACCACCCGCGUAUCGAGGUCAGGCUGGGGGAACCGUUCGCGCGUGACCUGCAGAGCGAGUUCGACCAUGUUUUCUACAGCGGCCCCCUCGACGGCUAUUUCGAGCACCGUCACGGCAGGCUGCAGUAUCGCAGUCUGGUGUUCGAGCGCUUCGAUGAGAGCGGCGAUUAUCAGGGCAAUCCGGUCAUAAACUAUUGCGAGGAGCAGGUGCCGUAUACGCGGAUUACCGAACACAAGCACUUCGCGCCGUGGGAAGAUCACGCGGGAACCAUCUGCUUUCGCGAGUACAGCAAGGCGACGGAGCCGGGUGACACUCCGUACUACCCGAUGCGGCUGCAAGAAGACAAGGAGCAGACUGUCGCGGUACCGCGCGCUUGCCGAACGGACACCCGGACUGACCUUCAUCGGUCGGCUGGGGACGUAUCGAUACCUGGACAUGCACGUCGUGAUCGGUGA